AUGGGCUUCCAGUGCUCUGGGACUGAAGAUCAUCUGAGGAACUGCAGCUCUCCACAAACUCUCAACUGCAGCGCAACACAACAGCUGUCAAUCACCUGCCUUGUCUUUCUGUAUCUGAUCUCAGGUCAGCGGUCCAUCAGGUUGGUGGGUUCUGGUGGAGAUUGUGCAGGAAGGCUGGAGGUUUUUCACAAAGGCUCAUGGGGUACAGUGUGUGAUGACUUCUGGGAUAUUAAAGAUGCUCAUGUGGUGUGCAGACAGCUGCAGUGUGGAGUGGCUCUCAGUAAUCAGCCAGUACCAGCCUGGUUUGGUCCUGGUUCUGGACCCAUAUGGCUGGAUGAUGUGAACUGUGAGGGGAAUGAGACGUCACUGUGGAGCUGCUCUUCACCGGUCUGGGGAGAUCAUGACUGUAAACAUAAGGAGGAUGUAGGAGUCGUGUGCUCAGAGUUUAAAGAGCUCAGGUUAACUGAAGGCUGUGAAGGGAAUGUGGAGGUUUUCUACAAUGGAUCCUGGGGUAAUGUUUGCUGGAAUCAGAUGGAAAGUGACACAGCGAGUCUGAUCUGUCAAGAGCUGAACUGUGGAAGAUCUGGCAGUUUGUCUUAUUCAACAUCAAGAGUGCCAUCAGCUCAUAACUGGUUGGAUAAUGUUGAAUGUCGACCACACGACUCAAAUCUGUGGCAGUGCCCAACUUCACUCUGGGGACAGAAUUACUGUAGUCAAAAUGAGGUGGCUCAUAUCAUCUGCUCUGAAAAGAUAAAUGAGUCACAUCGAAGUCGUCUGUCAUGUUCUACCUCAGCAUCUCCUCACCAGAAACAAUGUUCAAAUCAUCUUCCUCUCAGACUGAGUGGAGGGAAGGGUUUGUGUUCGGGGAGACUGGAGGUUUAUCAUAACUCUGUGUGGGGUUCAGUCUGUGAUGAUCUGUGGGACAUCAGAGAUGCUCAGGUGGUCUGCAGGCAGCUGGGUUGUGGAGAAGCAUUGAGUGCUGAUGGGAAUGAAGCGUUUGGUGCUGGUGAAGGUGUUGUGUGGAUGAAGAAAGUCGAGUGCAGAGGGACUGAGAUUCACCUGUGGGACUGUCCUCAUGUCCUGAAAAAACACACUGACUGCUCACACAAAGAACAAGUUAGACUCAUCUGUGCAGGUGAGAGGAAAACACUGAGAGAUCAAUUCAUUAUCAUUUCAGCAGUUUCUUUAAUAUCUGUGUUUUUUUAUUUUACAGACUCGUCAGUGUCUACAACUCCUGCCACAACAACAACAUCAGCUUCUCCUUCAGUUUCUCAGACAAACAGGAGAUCAGUGACUCCUCCACAAACUCCUCCUCUCUUCAAUCCUCCAGUGGUUGUGAUUGUACUGGGAGUUUUGCUCUUACUGCUCUUAGUGCCGCUGCUGAUACUGAUUCAACACAACAGAGAGAUGGUUGAGGUUGUUUGGAGUCUCAUCUCUGAAGAACAGCAUUCUGGAUAUGAAGAUGCUGAUGAGCUUCUCUCAGCAAAAGACUACAAGAUUGAAUAUUAUGAUGAUGUCUCCAAUGGCAGUGACCUGAAAGAAGAGAUGGUGAAAAAACUCCCAGUAGAAUACUAUGAUGAUGUCAUCACUGAUGGACUUAAAGCAGACAGUGAGACAGAAGACACACUUGAGAAGUAUGAUGAUGUCAUCACCACAGGACAAAUCUCUGAUCUUCAAAAAGAGAAUUAUGAUGAUGUCAUCAUCAAUGGACAGAACUUUCAAGGUGUAAUAGAGGGAUUUCAGGAGGAGUAUGAUGAUGUGAAGAAUGACAGUGAAGAUGUAACAAACCUGUUAGUAAUGACCAUUACUGCUGAUUUAAGCGUGAGGUUGGUCAAUGGUGGCAGUCCUUGUGCUGGUAGAGUUGAGGUUCUUCAUGAUGGUCAGUGGGGAACAGUGUGUGAUGAUGAGUGGGAUCUGACAGAUGCUGCAGUGGUGUGUAGAGAGGUGGGCUGUGGAGAGGCUGUACAGGCUCCGCUUGUUGCUUACUUUGGAGAAGGAUCAGGACCAAUCUGGAUGGAUGAGGUGGACUGUACUGGAUCAGAGUCUACACUGAAGAACUGUAGAUCAGAUAAAGAGUUAAUUCAGUACUGUUCUCAUUCUGAUGAUGCUGGUGUGAUCUGCUCAGGUUACUCUGACCUCAGACUGAUGAACGGCUCUGAUAUCUGCUCUGGUCGAGUUGAGCGUCAGUAUUUCAGUAAAUGGGGCUCAUGCUCUGGGACUGAAGAUCAUCUGAGGAACUGCAGCUCUCCACAAACUCUCAACUGUAGCUCCAGACAACUGCUGUCAAUCACCUGCCUUGGUCAGAGGUCUAUCAGGUUGGUGGGUUCUGGUGGAGAUUGUGCAGGAAGGCUGGAGGUUUUUCACAAAGGCUCAUGGGGUACAGUGUGUGAUGACUCCUGGGAUAUUAAAGAUGCUCAUGUGGUGUGCAGACAGCUGCAGUGUGGAGUGGCUCUCAGUAAUCAGCCAGUACCAGCCUGGUUUGGUCCUGGUUCUGGACCCAUAUGGCUGGAUGAUGUGAACUGUGAGGGGAAUGAGACGUCACUGUGGAGCUGCUCUUCACGGGUCUGGGGAGAUCAUAAUUGUAACCACAAGGAGGAUGUAGGAGUCGUGUGCUCAGAGUUUAAAGAGCUCAGGUUAACUGAAGGCUGUGAAGGGAAUGUGGAGGUUUUCUAUAAUGGAUCCUGGGGUAAUGUUUGCUGGAACCAAAUGGAAAGUGACACCGCGAGUCUGAUCUGUCAAGAGCUGAACUGUGGAAGAUCUGGCAGUCUGUCUGAUUCAACAUCAAGAGUGCCAUCAGCUCAUAACUGGUUGGAUAAUGUUGAAUGUCGACCACAUGACUCAAAUCUGUGGCUGUGCCCGACUUCACCCUUGGGAAAGAAUAACUGUGGUCAGAAUGAGGUGACUUAUAUCACCUGCUCUGGUGAGAAAAUUAAACUAAAUAAAUGA